AGAAAUCCGUCAAGAUGGUCAAGAAGAGGGCGAACAACGGUCGUAACAAGAACGGCCGCGGCCACGUCAAGCCCGUGCGCUGCUCCAACUGCGCUCGCUGCGUCCCCAAGGACAAGGCCAUCAAGAGAUUCACCAUCCGCAACAUGGUUGAGUCCGCUGCCAUCCGUGAUAUCUCCGACGCCUCCGUCUUCACUGACUACGCCGUCCCCAAGAUGUACCUGAAGCUGCAGUACUGCGUCUCCUGCGCUAUCCACGGCAAGAUUGUUCGUGUCCGUUCCCGGGAAGGCCGCCGCAACCGUGCCCCUCCUCCCCGUAUCAGGUACAACAAGGACGGCAAGAAGCUGGCUCCCCCUCAGGCCAACAAGGCUUUGUAAGGAAGGUUAAAACAGAGAAGAAAAAUGGAAUGAUUUUUUAAAAGGCUUCUGUGUUGCUUCUUUUCGUUUCUUUUUUUAAACUUGAACAAACUUUCUUACGUGGUUCAAAUGGAAUGAAUGGGUUUCAGUUUCGGGGUCGAAGGCUUGCAUGACGGGUCGUCCGUGGGCAGGAGACGAUAUUAAAACCAAACAAAGACAUUUUAAGCAUCGCUUGUCCACUAUGAGCAAGGUAAUGAGUAUUCCCCCGUGGAAAACUCGGGGCGGUCUGGGAGGACUCUGUCCCGGCGGACUGGUUUCCCUCUUCUGCCAUUUGCCUAUCCUGAGGCCUUUUGUGUAUGUACCAUGAUGGAUAACUUUGGCGACAAGAGGACUUCCUCGCCGAGUUGACGACUGAAAAAGAAAAUGACAAGAUUAUGG